AUGGGACUGACGUCGCCGGCCAGCACCGAGUGGAUCGCUGACUCGGGUGCCUCGUUCUACACCACUCCUGAUGCCGGUUUCCCCGGCAUGCCGGCACCGUUUCUGGUGAUCCCUGCUGCGCCGAGCGCAGCCCCGGUGCCCGCGGUCGCGCCACGCGCGGUCCCCGGACCUCCGGUCGUGCCGCGCGCGGACCCGGUGUCUCCCGCUGCACCACGCGCGGCCCCGGUGCCUUCACGUGCACCUGCACUGUACGCCCAGCCGGUGCAUGUGUACCAGCGUCGCUCGGCGCCGACCCUGACACCACAACGGUACGCUGAGCCGGUGCAGGUGUACCGGCGUCGUUCGGUGCCGACACUGGCGCUGCCUCCUGCUCCGGAGGCUCCUGUGACGCCGACGCCGGAGCCGUCGCCGCCGCCGCCUCCUCCGGCUCCCUCUCGAGCCGAGUCGGAGGUUUACCACCCGCCAGUCAUCCAUCGGGAUCCUCGGCAUAUCCAUCCCAUGGUGACUCGGCAGAUGGCGUCUCAGGCCACGACUCUCUCCACCGCCGAGGGAGAGCCGCGGGUCUCUCCGGUACCCUCCUUUGUCCGCGACGCCUUGGCGGAUCCUCACUAG